UGCCCUCCUCGGCCGCGCGCGUGCCUCGUGUUCAGGCCCGGCGAACCGGCACGGCGAGCAUGGCGGGCGCGGGCGUGAAGCGGCGCGCGGCAGCAGCCCCGGCGGCCACGGAGGAGGAGCGGCAGGCGCGGGAGAAGAUGCUGGCGGCGCAGCGCGCGGAGGGCGCGGACCCCGCGGGCGCGGGCGCGGGCGGGGGCGAGGGCGUGACCCUGCAGCGCAGCAUCACGCUGCUCAACGGCGUGGCCAUCAUCGUGGGCACCAUCAUCGGCUCGGGCAUCUUCGUGACGCCCACCGGCGUGCUCAAGGAGGCCGGCUCGCCGGGGCUGGCGCUGGUGGUGUGGGCCGUGUGCGGCGUCUUCUCCAUCGUGGGCGCGCUCUGCUACGCCGAGCUGGGCACCACCAUCUCCAAGUCCGGCGGCGACUACGCCUACAUGCUGGAGGUGUACGGCUCGCUGCCCGCCUUCCUCAAGCUCUGGAUCGAGCUGCUUAUCAUCCGACCCUCCUCGCAGUACAUCGUGGCGCUCGUCUUCGCCACCUACCUGCUCAAGCCGCUCUUUCCCAGCUGCCCCGUGCCCGAGGACGCCGCCAAGCUCGUGGCCUGCCUCUGCGUGCGUGAGUACUGGACCGGCCGGGGCGGGGGGCGAGCAGGGGGCGGUCCCCUGUCCCUGCAUCCCGGGACCCCUGCAUCCUGGAGCGCGCAUUCUCUACAUCCCGGAUCCCGCCUCCCGGCAUCCCCACCAGCGCCUGGACCAUCCCCGAAGUUCUAG